UAAUAAAAAUCUGGACUCACAUGGUGAGCCCCAAGGGAGAACAGUCAUUUCUUUAAAAGAAGCCUCCUCUGAGGCCUAGUCUACACUACAACUUUAAUUCGGAUUUAGCAGCCUUAAUUCGAAUUAACUCUGCACCCGUCCACACAACGACGCCAUUUAAUUCGAAAUAAAGGGCUCUUUAAAUCGAUUUCUGUACUCCACCCCGACGAGCAGAGUAGCGCCAAAAUCGAUUUUAGCAUUUCGAAUUAGGGUUAGUGUGGCCGCAAUUCGAUGGUAUUGGCCUCCGGGAGCUAUCCCACAGUGCACCAUUGUGACCGCUCUGGACAGCAAUCUGAACUCAGAUGCACUGGCCAGGUAGACAGGAAAAGCCCCAGGAAUAUUUGAAUUUCAUUUCCUGUUUGCCCAGCAUGGAGAGCACAGGUGACCACAGAUAGCUCAUCAGCACAGGUAACCAUGCAGUCUGAUAAUCGAAAAAGAGCACCAGCAUGGACCGUACGGGAGGUACUGAAUCUGAUCGCUAUAUGGGGAGAGGAUUCAGUGCUAGCAGAACUUCGUUCUAAAAGACGAAAUGCCAAAACUUUUGAAAAAAUCUCCAAGGGCAUGAUGGAGAGAGGUCACAAUAGGGACUCAGAUCAGUGCCGCAUGAAAGUCAAGGAGCUCAGACAAGCCUAUCAAAAAACAAAGGAGGCAAACGGUCGCUCCGGGUCAGAGCCGCGGACAUGCCGCUUCUACGCCGAGCUGCAUGCAAUUCUAGGGGGGGCCGCAACCACUACCCCACCUGUGACCGUGGAUUCCGGGUCAGGGAUAGUCUCAUCAGCUACACCUGAGGAUUCUGCGGAUGGGGAAGAGGAGGAGGACGAGCUUGCAGAGAGCACCCAGCACUCCAUUCUCCCCAACAGCCAGGAUCUUUUUCUCAGCCUGACUGAAGUACCCUCCCAACCCUCCCAAGCCAGUAUCCAAGACCAUGACCCCAUGGAAGGGACCUCAGAAUCGGCGUUCCAUGGAUAGAACCUGCCCCAUUAACAACAUGAUCUCCAAAGCACUGGGGCCCACGGUUUGACAGAAUUCUGUGUCCAUGUCCGUGUCCGUGUCCAUGUCCUCAUCACGCUUGUUGCUGCGCUGCUGCCGCCGCUGCCUCCUCACCUCAUUUUUCUGGUCCUGGCUCAGCAUAAACUCCACGAGUACGCGCGAGGUGUUUACAAUGUUCAUGACUGCUGUCUUGAGCUGAGUGGGCUCCAUGCUUGCCGUGGUAUGGAGUCUGCAGUGUUCACCCAGGAAAAAAGGCGCGAAAUGG